AAAUUUUAUUUUAUUUACGGAUCAAAUCAGAUAUUCUUUAAAAUUCUAAAUCAUUUCGGAUAUCAGAGUCAAAGCCUUUUUAAUUUUUAAUUAAUUUUAAUUUUAUCUUUCAUGUAUUAUUUAGAACAAAAAUGUUAUUUAAUACUAAUUAACAAUAUAUUUAUAUAUUUAUCAUUUAUUUUUAUAUACUUUUACAUACAUAUGCAUGUGCACCUUAUGUGAACACUGUGUAAGUAUUUACCACCAGUGAAGUAUCAAUUUUUUUUUGGAAGUUGAAACAUUUUUUUUCUUAAUGUUUCUUUCACUACCGACCAAAUUAUAGUAAAAUGAUUUGUCUUAAUAAAUUUUUUUUCUUGAACUAUUAUCCAUUUACAAACUAUGAAACUAUUGGUUCAAUAUGACGAUUAUCUAAAAUUUAUAACAUGAAAAUAAAUAAAUAAUAAUAAUUUUUGGAUUUUACCAAAAAAACUAAAAAACAAACGUUCUAACAGAAUAAACCAAAAUAAAUAUUAAUUUAAAAUAAUGGUUAUAUUUUAGGAGAUUAAAAACAAAAAAAUAACUUAAAACCGAACCGAUAUCCAGAUUAAAUAGAUUUGUUUUUUUUUUAUUAAAAAUAACAAAACUAAUAAUCACAUCCCGCGCAAGGCGCGGGUUAUUACCUAGUAUCAUGUUAUUAUGAAAGAUAACAACCAUGACUAUCACAUCAAUUACUUUGUUAUCAUUUCGAAUAUAGAAUAAAUAAUAUCUACCAAUUAAACGUAGAAGUUCACCUUCUAUAAAUAGUCUGCAUGUCUCUUAUUCUUUCCUCAUCCCAACCAACUCACAAACAUACACACUAUCUAUCUCUCUAAGUGACAAAGCAAAAAUGCAAUACAAGACCGAAACUCGGAGCUCCUUGUCCUACAAUAAGAUGAACAACAUGAAUGUGUUCCCGUCAGAGACUUUGGCUAGAAUAGAAUCGAUGGCGGCAGAAAACGCGGUGGUCAUAUUCAGCUUGAGCACUUGCUGCAUGUGCCACGCCGUCAAGCGUCUCUUCCGCGGACUGGGAGUCAGCCCCGCCGUCCACGAGCUCGACCUCCACCCUCAUGGAGUUGAUAUCCACCGAGCUCUCAUUCGUCUCCUCGGCUGUUCCAGCGGCGGCGCUUCAACUUCUCCGGGGGCACUUCCGGUGGUAUUCAUCGGUGGGAAGAUGGUGGGAGCAAUGGAGAGAGUGAUGGCUUCUCAUAUCAACGGCUCACUCGUCCCUCUUCUCAAAGAUGCUGGUGCUCUCUGGCUCUGACCCAACCAAAGUCCACCUUCUUCUGCGUUUAUUUUUCCUUUUUUUUUUUGUUUCUUCACUUCUUUUUUUUUGUUUAAAGAACAAAAAAAUGGUUAGGUUAAUCAUAAUGUUGAAUUAGAGAGACAGAGUGAAGGGAAAAGAGUGGUGCGUUUGUUUUAAGCUUAUAGCUAAAAACACUCUUUGUUUAUCUUAACUACACUAAUAUAUAUAGGAGUAUUUAGUAAUCUCCGUCUCUAGAUUAACUUUCUUAUUUCUACAUUUACAACUUUGACUUGCAAAAAUUAAUGGUCAAAUUAAGACAAUAGUAAGGUUGUUUUCAUGACAUAAAAUCUUAACCGUUAUAACCGUUAACGGUGGGGAAAAUAAAUGACGGUCCCCCCACAUCAGAUUACGUGGACAACCACAAGCUUAUAAUCUGUGACUUUGACCCGACCGCUGUGUCAGAGAUGAGCUCUAUAGCAGUAAGUACAUGCUGAUCUAAUAGCUCCACAGCUUUUCUUCUUCUUCUUCUUUGACAAUAAUGAAUACAACAGAACACAUUUUCUCAGUUAAAAAGGCUUAUUUAAACCUUUAACUUCAGUAACACGUUAAAGGGCUGCUCACCACUGAAAAAGAAAAUAAAUCGUAUAUAACGUACGAAAAAUAUAAUAUUCAUUAGAAUAAGUCUUACGUAGACAACAAUUAACGAGUUGUCACUUGUAACGUAUGCAUUCACCCAGAGAACUAGGUUAUAGCCUAGAGGAGGUAUAGGAUAUCUACACAGAAUAAAGCGAAGAAACAAGUUGGGGAAUCUAAGUUGCCUAUUGGUGCUUCUCAUCAAGUGCCCGAAUAAAUGGAAGAAUAGAAUCAGGAUCAGAUGAUGAACAGAAAGACGCAGACAGGUCAGAAGAUAACUGUGAACAAGAGAUGGCAAUGCCUUUGAUCCAUUUCAUAUGUCUGAUUCCAGUCUCAACUUCUUUGGCAUCAGACAUACUAGAAGAGUAGAUGAGUUCAUUCAGUUCCUAGUCAUUUAGUAAAUAUAUCAAAGUACUAUAAAGAAAUAUGUAUUAAGGAGAAAAAAACAAUUACUGCUGCAAAAUGAGUAGGUGGUCCAUCAAACUUGAGAUACAUAUAAAAAGAACAAUCCCUUGGGAAAUUGAUGUCAUUGUAAAACAAGAUUGAAAAAAACAUGAUUAUAUUAUUGUGUUUCAUUUCCAAGAGUGAUCAAACGUUUAAGAGGUGAGAUUGAGACAGAAAACUAAAAUCCACAGACUAAAAUUAGUUUAAGAAGACAAUGGUGUUGAUACCAUAGUCAUAAAUCAAAUUGUAAC